AUGGCAACUCAAGUGGUCGGUAAUUUGACCCCCCAAAGCAUUUUUAUAAAUCACUUGGACACUUAUAUUUCUUCCAAUGUCGGAAAAAAACUGUUAGCCUCUGUAUUUAAUAAGAAAGCAAAGACUGAAGAGGAAACUGAAUUUCAGGAGGAGGAUGAUUUUAUUGCUAAAAACUCAUUGGGCGAUUUUAAAAAUAACAUAUUCUGUACACUAACGAAUGUGCAAUCUAAUUUAAAAUACCCAUCAACAGUUGUCGAUUUUGACAAGUGGACUGAAUUGUAUUCAAAAAUUAAAAGCUGCAAAUACUUUAUAUACAAUAUAAUUGACAUUGAUAGUCAGAUUGAUGAAGCUCUGUGGAUAGCUGAAAAACUUUAUCACGAUUCUUUCAACUUUCAAGAACGAAAAAUAUUUAUUCUUCUUUCGACUGUAUUAACGUGGUCAAGAACUCAAUACCUUUCUGAUGAAGACGAAAAUAGCUCUUUCAGUGAUAUCGAUUAUAGGCGGAGGAAAGCUCAUCCAAAUUAUGAUAAACAUAUUGCCGCAGAGAAGGAGAUUAAAAGGCUCGGUGAAUUAAAUAAAAUCAAAUUCUUAACUUACGUAAUUGCCAGUGGUGUAGUAUAUGGCGAAGAAAAUGAUAUAUUUCACCGUUUUCUUAAGGCAGGAUGGUUGAACAGUGAAACUUUAGAGGUCAUCGAAGAAGGAAGUAAUAUAAUACCAACAAUUUAUAUCGCCGAUCUGGCAAGUAUUAUCUAUGAAACUCUUAAUAUGUGUCCGACAACGCAUUAUGUUCUAGCCGUGGAUGGUGGCAACAAUACUCAAUUGGAUAUUGUAAAGGCCAUUUCAAAAAACCUAACAACGGGCAAAGUGAAACAUAUUUCAGUUGAAGAGGCAAAAUUAAAUAGUGGUUUUACGCAAAAGGAAAUCGACAACCUAACUUUGGAUCUGCGUUUGGAAGCCCAGUUUGCCCGUGAAAACAUGUCAUUUGAUUGGGCCAAUGAAGACGGGCUAGUAAACUCGAUCAAUAAAGUGGUUUCUGAAUUUAAACAAGCAAGGGGCUUAAUACCAAUCCGAAUAUGUGUCCUGGGGCCGCCACUCUCAGGAAAGACAAAACUAGCGCUGCUUCUUAGUGAUUACUACACAGUUCCUCAUAUUCAUGUUAAGAAAGUGAUAGAAGACCGAAUCAAUGAACUCGAGGAGAAAGUCAAAAAUAGCGCAGAAGAAGAUGGGGAGACUGAAACGGAUAGUGCGAGUGAAACCGAGGACCCACUUGAAGCUUUAGAGGAAAUUCAAGCUGCCCUUUUUACUGGAAAAGGUCGUUUAGGCAAUUCCAUGCUAUGCGACCUCGUCAAAAGACGCCUUAAUUCAAAGGAAUGCCAGAAUCAAGGUUAUAUUCUCGAUGGUUUUCCAAAGACGAAAGCUCAGGCUGAUAUUCUUUUUGGAGGAGGUGAGGACGAAGAAGGAAGUGAAGAUGAAGCUGAAGACGAAGAGGAACUUAGUGGAGAAGAAUCAGACAUAGAGGAGAGAAUGGAUCCUAACACCAAGGUAGCUCAGUUGGAAAGUGAGCAUAAUGUUCGAGAGAACAUCAUUCCAAAUGUGACUGAGGAAACGACUCUUUUUAAUAAAGUUAAUCUUUCUCCUAAACCCAAUGCACUUCCAUCUUGCACAAUAUUUCUGCAAGCUUCAGAUAUCUUCCUCUUUAGUCGUGCUCUUCAAUUGCCUUGUGAUGAGAUUCAGCAUAAUCAUAAUGACGAAGAGGGGUUCAUGCGACGUCUGGCAGUCUAUCGCCGCGCUCACGCAGGAUCUGAGGUCGCUGCCCUAAUGGCCAGUGAAGAGUUAAGAAAAGCACUCGAGUCCGAGAAUCUACUAAAGAUUAUACACGGAGAAGCUGGUUCUUUGAAUCCUUCCGAACAACUUGCUCCUUUAAUGGCAGGAAGUAUUAGUCCGAAUACACUUCUUGCUUAUUUUGAGGACAAGGGAGUUAGCACAUUCAACUUUGAUGUUGCAAUGGAUACCUCAGGAGAAUUUGAUGAAAUUGAGCGCAGGAUUGAGGUAGCUAUAGGCCCACCUAGAAACUAUGGACCUAUUACCAAGAGAACCAAAAUGAGGGAGGAACUUCAAAUGAAGAUGGAAGAAGAACGACGUGAGUUGGAACAGUCGAGAGCAGCUGAAGAGUUAAAACGUCGUGAUGCACAAAAGCAUGAAAUGUCCAGUCUCUUGGAGUCAAUACAAGCAGAAGAGGAUGAGGCUCUACAGAAAGCUUCAAAGCCACUGCGUGAGUAUUUGGGAAAAUUUGUUUUGCCAACACUUACGAAGGGCAUAUUUGAAUGCAUUUGGAGACGCCCAGAAGAUCCAGUAGACUAUUUGGCUGAAUAUCUCUUCAGGAAUAACCCACAAGUGGAUUAA